AGCUCUUGCUGGGCGUAAGUCGUAAAGGAAUAUUUUCCUUCAACAUUUCUCUUAAUUUAAAUAAACGGUGCAGUGGACUCAUAUGGAAUUGCAGAAAUAAAUGGUCAAUGAUAUUCUGCCACAAUCUACAAUUAGGCGGAUCGGAUAUUUUUACAAUUGUUUUAUUUUCAAUAGUCCUGCUAUCUGCUCGAGGUGAAUUUUUAUAACAUACGCACGUAUUCUAGCAAAAGCUGGAGUUCAGUAAAUUCUUCACAAAAACCGGGUAACGCUGUUUGCAGAAGUAAAAUAGAUGGUUUAAUUGUUGGUUCAAGUUUUCGGAUAGAAUUAUGGAUACUCGAAUAAGAAAUAAACGGCAUUAUUACACCGCAAAAGAAUUUUUCCAUGCCAAAUAUGGCCAUAAGAGAAGAAAACGGACUGUAGUGACUAAAUCACAAAUUGACGCUGUCGAAGCCAAUCCUAAGAUACCCACACCAGACAUGGAAAAACCUCCUUUGGUUGGUUCCGAAGCACCCUCUACAUCAUUUCUUGUUCAUGCUGAGCAUCCUAUACUACCGAUGAUCACUCCAAUAAUCGAAGGGGACAAUGUAUCAUCUGAACGUACUUUGAAAUCCGGAAAGCCAUCGACUUCAUAUUACGGAAACAACGAAUACAGUAGGGAUAGCGGACAGAGCAAUUUAUCCGAUUCUUCAGAUGCAAGCUCAUCAUCAAAUGAUGAGGACAAUAAUAAAUCGGAACAAUUUCGUUGUUCUGAUGAAGACGUAAAUGACUGGUUCGAUGUACGCAAAAUGAUUUUUCCUGAGAACAACAAAUUUAAAUUCGACUCAGCUGUAACCUUAGGAGAGGUGCAUUUGAUGAUACUAAAUUAUUAUAUUAGGCAUCACCUGACUCAAAGUGCGUUGGUAGAUUUGCUGAAAAUGCUUAAUAUCAUGGCUGGCUCUAAAAUCUGUGCAGAAAGCUACGAGACCUUCUCUGCUAUGUUUCCCAAUCCUUACAAUCACCAUCGUGUUUAUUAUUGCAUGGAAUGCCAAUCUGGUGUAGGGAAUUCUGCUCCAAAUCAUGAUACCGUUUGUUCUAUACCCGAAUGUGGAGGUAAAAACUUUGACUUUUUCAUGGCUAUCUCCAUUGAGCAGCAGAUAAAAGAGACGAUGAUUAAAUAUCAGAAAGAUAUUCUAGACUAUGAAAGUAUGGUUCGUCAGGAAUUGGUUAGUGAUAUUAACAAUGGGCGAGUCGUUAAAAAUAUUAACUCCAAAAUCCCUGAUAAACUGAUUACCCUAUCAGUUAAUACUGAUGGUGCAGCUGCAUAUCGCUGGAGCAUCAAUAAACCAUGUUAUCCUAUAUUUGUCACGAUCAAUAAUCUGCCACCACGCAUUCGCUUCGAUAAAAAUAACCUAUUACUCGCUGGAAUAUGGCUGAGCAAAGGUGAGCCAAACAUACCAUUAUUCUUCAAGGAGUUUUGUGAAGAAGUUAUUAAGUUGGGCGAUGGAAUCAUGAUAGGGUCCGAAUCGUAUAAAAUUGUUGUCGUUCAAAACUGUUUGGAUUCUGUAGCAAGGCCAAAGCUUCAAAACUCGACGCAAUUUAAUGGAAAGUUUGGUUGUUCGUUGUGUCUACAUGAAGGAAAAAUAAUACACGGCAAUCAACAACGGUAUCCCUUUAAGAAGUCACAAUGCAGAAAUCAUGAUGAUACAAGACGGUUAAUGAUAGAAGCUCACAACACGGGAAUUCCAAUUAAUGGUAUCAAAGGCCUUUCGGUGUUUCUGUCGAUUCCCCAUUUUGAUAUUAUUACAGGAUUUCCACCUGACUACAUGCAUGCAGUACUUCUUGGUGUGGUCCGACAAAUGUGGGAACUAUUCACAGCAUCGACCAAUCAUUCUAAACCGUUUUACAUUGGUCAAAAGUUGAAGGAAGUGGAGACUCGCUUAUUGAAUAUUCGCGUUCCUAGUUCUUUUCCUCGUUAUCCCGGGAAAAUUGAAGACAUGAAGAAAAAUAAGGCCAGUGAUUGGGAAAGCAUGUUGUUUCAUUAUUUUUAUCCUUGUACAAUAUUCACUUGACACCGACAACUGUCGAUAAAGUUGAGAAACAACUAAGACGAUUCGUUUGUACAUUUGAAAAGCUAUUUGGAGAAGAAAACAUGUUAUUUAACGUGCACGUUUUAACACAUUUGG